CGCAUCUUUGAAAGUAUAAUACAUGUGGGAAUUCAAAUUGAAGGUGGUGUGUGAGUGAAAUCUGAACUCAGAAGGGACACCUCAUAGUAUGUUCCCAGAAGACAAUUUCGGAUUUCAAUACAACAUUUAACGUCAGACAGCGUAUGGACCUAUUGUUUAUUCAACACAUUGACUCAUUUCACUAACGGCGGUGCAAAUCUGAUGUGCCAGUGUUUCACUGAAUAAUUGACCUGCUGUUUUAUUGAAAUUAAAUACUAUGAAAUUAAAUGGACUUUUCAAGAAAACUCACUACUUCAUAGCUUGGUCAUGGCAUCAGUUAAUUAAAUCAAUAAUAGUAGAGCUGGUAGUCAUCGUGAUGUGUAUUUAUCUUGUCUUACAUUUUGCUGCUUACUAUAAAUUUGAAGUUGCACAAACAGUUAAACUGACCAAACAAUUAUACCAGUUGUCAAAUUCUUUAGAUGAACAUAUAAAGCUACAAAUGAAGCUUCAAUCAGCGUUAAACAAAACACACGUUUUACCAGAUAUGGUUACUAUUCCAGUCUUAAUAAUAGCUUGUAAUCGUCCUAGUGUUAAUCGUCCUAUUGAUAAGCUUCUACAACUGAAAUCUGAAUUACGGAGACAACAGACUUUUGACUUUCCGAUCUUUGUUUCUCAUGCCUGUGAUGACCAUAAUACUGCUGCAACAUUAGAUUCUUAUCAAAAUUCUAUUACUGUUAUAAAACCUAACGCUCCAUUGACGAAACCAAUUACGGGACCUACUCGCCGUGUAUUUGAAGGUUACAGGCACGUUAGCCAUCAUUACAAAUGGGCCUUAGAUCAAAUGUUUCUAGUACGUAAUUUCUCAGCUGUAAUAAUCGUAGAAGACGAUCUGGAUUUAGCACCAGAUUUUCUGAGCUAUUUUGUUGGAACGUUUCCAAUUUUAGCUCGAGAUAAUACACUUUUCUGUGUAUCUGCUUUCAAUGACAACGGAAGACUACAAUUAAUUGAUGUUAGGCGCCCGGACUUAUUGUAUAGAACGGAUUUCUUUCCUGGUCUGGGAUGGAUGUUACUCAACACAUUUUGGAUGGAAAUCAGAGAUGGUUGGCCUGAUGUCUACUGGGAUGAGUAUUUACGCAAACCCUAUGUACGUAAAGGACGAGCAUGUAUUCGACCAGAAAUAAGUCGUUCUGUUACAUUUGGAAGAAUCGGUAUAUCACAAGGUCAAUAUUUUGAUAGUCAUUUAAAGCAUAUCAAAUUAAAUGAUAUACAAGUUAAUUUUCAAGAUAUAGAUUUAUCGUAUUUACAGGAGAGUGUAUAUCGUGAAAACUUGCAGAGAUUGGUUUAUACAGAAUCAAUAGAAAUGACUAUUAACUCCUUUAUUAAUAAUCAGAUAGAUGAUAUGUCAGAAAUUUCCAAACCUAUUCGAAUUGUCUACCAGAAUCGUAAAGAAUUUGAAGAGAUUGCAAAACACUUUAAACUUAUGUCUGAUUUUAAAUCUGGUGUUAGUCGGAAUGCCUAUAUGGGAGUGGUGCCGAUCUAUGUGAACAAUCGUCGGGUGUAUAUUGCACCACCUGCUGUAUGGACAGGUUAUAAUGAAUCAUGGGUUUAGUGGUGUUAUUGUAUACAUGUGUGUGUGUGUAUGUGUAUAGGCAAUUUCUAGUGAGUUGUAAAAAUGCAAUCCUCUAUUCAUUCUUUUUUUACUGCAUAUAUAUUGUCAAUUUUUGAGGAAGGCAGGAAGUCUUUUUUUGUUUUGUAUUGGUUAUUGGAUUAUUUCUUUAUCAUUUAUUGGGUUAUUGUUUUGUUUCAUAUUGUUUUGUGUUAUCAUAGUGAAGUGAUACAACUAUUGGAGGUUGUACAGUUAUUGUUUAUACACAUUUCGUAUAUGUAUGUAUGUAUGUAUGUAUGUA